CGGAGGAGGGAGCGCGGGGAACUCCUGAUACAGAAGUGCGGGAAACUCCAAGAACACCUCUUAAGGAAGGUGAAGUUGUCACGGUCUAAGGAUGGAUUUGUUCAUUUUGGAGACACCGUGAUGCUGCUGAGCCCAGAUAAUAACGAGCCCACGAGGGAGCUGCCCGCCGGCGUGCGCGGCAGGCUGGCCCUGGCCGUGGACCUGGACGAGAUCUCCAUGUUUUCGGCCGAAUCGCUGCCCGCUCCCUGCGGAGUCAGUGCUGCCAAGAGCACGGACCCCGUCAGUCGAAAUACUUUCUGUAUCUUAAGUGUUGAUGGAAGUGAAAUGGAUGAACCCAUUAGAUUUGGGCAAAAGUUUGUUCUUGGGACAACAGGGGGGUUUUCUGAUCGAAUGUUGUAUCUAGCAAGUGACCAUAAAUCAUUUCUGAGAUUUGCUAAAAAAUCUUACCUUCAGCAAGUAUUCUUGACAGAUGAACUUUCCUACUUGGCUCACUGGCAUGCAACAUUCCUGGAUCCACAACUGCGUCUUGAAAAUGAAGGAUUUCCAGUUCCUGCAAACUCUAAUGUUAUUAUUACUCAUUGCCAUACUAAUCGAAGCUUGGCUGUUCCAAGGAACUUUUGGAUAAGAUCUUACUUUGGCAUGGAAUAUGAAGUAGUUUGUCACACCUAUCUGAACUCCCAUAAAGCUGAAGAAGAUAAGAAUUACUGGCUAAUAGUUACAGGGAAUCCUGUUGAUGAGGAAGGCACUAUGAUUGAUAGACCCAACCCCCUCUCAGGAGGGAUCAGAAAGAACAGAGAGUUUCAUGGAGACACAGAGAAUAUAAAAAUCCCAGAGUAGAACCUACAAAUGUUGAUGAGAUUGAUUUCUGUUUACUUCUGUUCAGAUUUUAAUUCUASAAAUGCUUAUUUUAAAAACAGAAAUGAAAGCCUAGCCUAAUAUAACAAUCUUGUUAUCUCAUUAAAGUUGUAUAGUGGGCAAAGAUUGCCUAAUAAAAUUAGAGGAACCAGGCACAACAGCAAAAAUUCAUGAAUCUAGGAGUAAUCAUUUUCCCUUUUUCCAUGUACACUGAUGCCAAAAGAUGUCA